AUGCCGCUGGGCAAGUACUACUGCGACUACUGCGACAAGGAGUUCCAGGACACCGCCGCCGCCCGCAGGCGCCACCUCCAGGGCGCCCAGCACCACCGCGCCCGCGCCCUCUGGUACGACUCCGUCCGCCGCCAAGAGUCCCACGGCGGCGCAUCUCCCCUCCUCCAGCCCGACGGCGCUAUCCUCGGCCAGGGCGUCUGCAACCACUUCGUCCGCACGGGAACAUGCAAGUUUGGGGAUGCGUGCAGGUACUUCCAUCCGAAGCCACAUGCUGUGAACCCAGCAUUUGCUCCGUCUGGGCCUGUUCCAGGAGCAAUGGGGCAACAGUCUAAUUUUCUUGGAACUCAACCAAAUUUUGUUGGAUAUCAGGCGAUGGAAGGAAAUUCUUUCUCAGGGAACAUACUAAGGGGCCACACUUCUUGGGGCAACUUACCUCCAUCGCUGCAACCUCCCCCCGAAGGUGGCUAUCCUCCGCUUCCUUUUGUCGACUGGGGUUGA